AUGGCAAAUCAAUAUAAAAGGAAUGGAGGAGUUAGUUACGGGUCUAGUUCUUCUAAUUAUAGUUUUAAUGCCAGCAGUUCAUCUUUUAGACAAUGUGGUAGUGGUAGAGGUGGUGGUUUAGGCUUUGGUGGUGUCCAGGGCAUAACAUGUCUUCCUGAUGGGUAUGGUAGUGACUCAGGAGGAAACUUUAGUGGUGCUGGGUCAGGAGGUAGUUUUGGUGGGGGCACAGGUGUCGUAUUUGGUGGUAACUCAGGAGGUGCAUUUGGCAGUGGCUUCAGAUUUGGCUUUGGUGGUGGCUCAGGAGGUGCCUUUAGUAGUGGCUCAGUUGGAGCUUUUGGCUAUGGUGGUGGCAGCUUUGGGGGAGGUGUUGGCAGUGGUGGAUUUGGUGGAAAUGACGGAUUACUCUCUGGAAAUGAAAAGCAAACAAUGCAAAACCUAAAUGACCGCCUGGCCACAUAUUUAGAUAAAGUCCAUGCUUUAGAAGAGGCAAAUGCAGACCUUGAGGCUAAAAUCAAGAACUGGUAUGACCAGAAUAGCAGUAGUUCUACCACAACAGGAGGAAAAGACUACAGCCAAUAUUUAAAAACAAUUGAAGACCUCCAAACUCAGGUUUUGUGUUCAGUUAACGACAAUGCAAGUAUCAUUUUGGCAAUUGACAAUGCUCGACUGGCAGUAGAUGAUUUCAGGAUGAAAUUUGAGAGUGAACUUCAUCUGCGCCAGAGUGUUGAGGCAGAUAUAAAUGGCCUUCGAAAGGUCUUGGAUGAUCUAACCCUUAGCCAGUCUGACUUUGAGAUGCAAGCUGAAAGCCUCACAGAGGAGAUUGCCUUUCUCAAGAAGAAUCAUGAAGAUGAAGUACAGUCUAACCAGGGAACCACUGUUGGCCAAGUCAAUGUUGAAAUGGAUGCAGCCCCAGGAAAAGAUCUGACAAAGAUACUCAAUGGCAUGAGAAGCCAAUAUGAAGCUCUUGCAGAGAAGAACCGGAAGGAUGCCGAGGACUUGUUCAAUCAACAGAGUAGUCAAAUAACACAACAAAUCAAUGUAGGAGUCCAACAACAGCAGUCAAACAAAACUGAGAUGACUGAACUGAGGCGUACUCUUCAAUCGCUGGAAAUGGAGCUACAAGCCCAGUAUGCCAUGAAACAAUCCUUGGAGGAAUCAUUGGCAGAAAAAGAAGGUAGCUACUGCUCACAAAUAUCACAAAUCCAAAUGAUAAUCAGCGGUGUGGAAGAUCAGUUGGAACAAAUAAAAAAUGAUACUGCAUGCCAGAAGUCUGAGUAUGAAACACUCUUGGACAUCAAAGUCCGUCUGGAACAGGAGAUUGCCACCUAUCAGAAACUUUUGGAUGAAGGAGAUUCUGAGGUUGGACAAGUUACAACACAACAAGGGAGCAGGACUACAACUACUAGUCAAGCUUCCCGAGCUGGAGGCACAUCAGUCCAGUCUUCCAGAGCUUCUACAACUCAAAGUUCAAGGUCUGCAACUUCAACUUCUCAAACUUCAGGAGCAGGAAGUGUAGUUUCUGGAAGUGGAGGCCUUGGUGCUUCAGCUACUUCUGGAAGUAGACUUUCUAGUGGCUUACGUUCCUCUAUUCAGACCUCUAGUAUUACAGCAUCUUCUGCAACUAAAAGUCAGUCUGGCUCUGGAAGUGCAGGUUCUGCUGGUCAAAGCUCUAGUGCAUCAGCCACUUCUGGUACUGCAGGUGCAAGAUCUGGAGGUUCAUCAUCCUCUGUUGGAUCUGGAAAUCAAAGCUCAGAUGCAAAAACUAGGAGGACAAUAGUGAAAACUGAAACCUACAUUGAUGGCAACAUUGUGGACUCAAAAACUGAAGAAAUUGAAGAGCCAGUUAAAUGA